AGGCACUUGAACGCACCACUGGGGAACAUGAAGCCCACAAUGAAGAUGAUGGAUUCAUUUGAUCUUGAGGGGAGGGGAGGAGAACACUCGGUUGUGUGUCGGAUUAUGGGUCGUUCAUGGAUCUGCUGCUCAUUGACUUUAUUAUUAAUAUUUGUUUUGGUGAAGCCAACGUUGACGGACAUUGACGACGAGUCCUGCAAUGGUGCAUUCGAUGUCUAUUUUGUGUUGGACAGGUCGGGCAGUGUGUCGGCACACUGGCAUGACAUCUAUGGAUUUGUGGAGCAGCUCACCAAAAAGUUUGUCAGUCCCAGGAUGAGGGUGUCCUACAUCGUCUUCUCAGCCCAAGCAGUAGUGAUCCUGCCGCUGACUGGAGACAGGUCCAAGAUAGAUGAAGGCUUGAAUGAACUCAGCCAAAUGAAGCCUGCAGGUGAAACUUACAUGCAUGAAGGCUUGAGAGCGGUGUCGCAGCAGAUGAAAACACAAAUGACUCCAUCACGCAGCAUCAUCAUCCUUCUGACUGAUGGCAAGCUGGAGGUUUACCCUUUUGAGCUGAGUGUGCAGGAGGCGGACCUGGCCAGAGGCUUUGGAGCCCGAGUGUACUGUGUCGGGGUCAUGGACUUUGACCACAAACAGCUUGCUGAAAUAGCAGACAGCGCAGAGCAAGUCUUCCCCGUGCUGUCGGGCUUCCACGCCCUCAAAGAUGUCGUCAGCUCUAUCCUCAAGCAGUCCUGCUCGCAAAUAUUCACCAUAGAGCCGUCAAGUGUUUGUGUCAAUGAGUCCUUCAAUGUGGUUCUGAGAGGGAGCGGCUUCAGCGGAUCAAAGAGGAAGGCCAACGUUCUCUGCUUUCUCACAGUCAGUCACAACACAUACAGCCAGAAGGCAACGGUAGCCGUGGAUGGUUACCUGCUGUGUCCAGCUCCUGUGCUGCAUGAGAUGGGACAGUCAGUGGAGGUGCUGGUGAGCUUCAACGAUGGCCAAUCCUAUAUUUCGGCUCCCAUGACCAUCUAUGCCACGACCUGUUCAGAUGGGAGUUGGGUGUUGUGGUUGCUGUUGGUUCUUCUCAGCUCGCUGCUUCUUGCUUUUCUUUGGUGGUUUUGGCCUCUGUGCUGCACUGUGGUGAUCAGAGACCCUCCACCCUCUCGUGCUCCUCCUCCUCCUCCUCCUCCUCCUGAGCAAGAAGAAGAUUAUUCCCCCAAACACAAGUGGCCUACAGUGGAUGCGUCUUAUUAUGGAGGCAGAGGUCCUGGUGGAAUCAAACGCAUGGAGGUGCGCUGGGGUGAGAAAGGUUCCACAGAGGAAGGUUCCAGGCUGGAGAAAGCCAAGAAUGCUGUUGUCAUCAUGGCGGAUGACGAGGACGAGGCCGUCAUACCUCGACCGCCACCCAGACCCCCACCAGUCUAUAAUUCCCUACCACACAAAUGGUACACUCCCAUCAAGGGGCGUUUUGAUGCGUUGUUGGCGUUGUUGAGAAGACAAUACCACAGAGUCGCCAUCAUGAGGCCAACACAGAACCACAAGGGCCGCUGCAUCAACUUCACCAGAGUCCACUGAAACACAAGAAAUGUGUUUUAUAUACUGUUGUAAUGUAUUAUUAUUAUUAAAUGUCUUUCCAUUUA